GACACCAUCUAAUCAUGUACUUCUACAUAUCUACACACUGCCAGUCAGUGAACAGAAACAGAGGACACGAGGAUACUUGAUGAACAAGGGCGGACAAUCACUGACCUCAUUAAGACUCCUGAAAAGCAUCUCAUGGACACAAUGUUCAUUGUUGGUGGUUGGACCCCAACAGCUACGUCAUGCACUGUGGAACAAUUUUAUCCUCUCUAUAAUGAAUGGAGAACAAUGGCGCCAAUGCUGAAGCGUUGUGGAGAUGUAGCUGUCUGCUCAUUGGGUGGGAUGAUCUUUACUCUAGGUGGACGUGAUGAAAUCACCAGUGUGAGCAGUGUGGAGAAGUAUGACCCAAACACUAAUCUGUGGAGCAGAGAGGUGGCAUCCCUCAGCAGCCCCCGCAGUGGUGUGUGUGUGGUGGAGAUGGAUGGGUUCAUGUAUGCCCUUGGGGGAUUUGAUGGAACAGUCUGUACCAACAUCGUAGAGAGGUAUGAUCCUGUGCUGGACACUUGGACCAAAAUGGCUCCAAUGCUCCAGCAUCGCUCUGGGGGCGUCUGCAGCAGUACUGGAUGGGUUCGUAUAUGUCAUUGGAGGGACUGAUGGAGACAUUGCAUUGAAUUCAGUUGAGCGCUUUAACCCAUUGGAAGGAACAUGGCGUCCGUGUCCUCCGAUGCGGUCUGCCAGAGAGCAGCCUGGUUGUACGGUAUACUUGCAGCGGAUCUAUGUGUCAGGCGGAAGAGACGAACUACAUUUGGAGCUCAACACGGCAGAGAAGUUUGACCCUAACAACCUCAAGUGGACCCCGGUCAAACACAUGAGACAUAAGCGUUUUAAAGUUUCCCUGGCAGUGUUUGAUGGGACGCUGCUGGCAGUCGGAGGCUCAGAUGGGAUAUCAACUCUUACAUCAGUUGAGGCUUAUAACCCUGACUCAAACACUUGGAGACACUUUGGAUGUAUGAAGACAAAGCACACAGGGGCUGGGGUUGUCUUGCUAAAAAGACACAAUAAGGACUUGCUCUAAAUUUGUGCUUCAUUUUCUAAACUCUUGUUUGCUCUCUGAGUUAAAGUCUAUUUGAUAGAUCUGUGACAGAAAUAAAUUGCAUUAUCAUUGAGUUUUAUCAUUAGUGGAGCUAAUAUGUCAGGUUAUAGAGGUGAGUAAUGAAAUUGAGUUAGCAGAAAAAUAAUUUGAUUUCAACCAUGAGAGAAACCAUCCAUUACAUUAGAUGGGUCUCUCUGGGAAGCUUUUAUAAAGUUUGGCAUGGAAAAUGAGUGCACACUUAUUGACGUGCCUUGUUGUGGACAUUUACUAAUAGACAGUCCCUCUGGAGCAAUCUGGAGUUACAAGCAUUGCUGGCACUUUAAUAAAAGGAGAUCUUAGUACUACUCCAUUUCAUGUCUUCCAGGGCAGGGUAAACCUCAGGCCUUUGGGUUUCCAUCCCAUAUCACAAUAAUACAACAACCUUCUCUAGGUUCAACAUCUCCCUCAUGUAAGAACUCGACACAACUUUUGACAAAGCACAAAUCUUUGCAUAAGAUUGUGUAAAAGGUAAACUAUUAAAGCAGCACUAUGUAACUUUUUCAACUUUUAUAAUAUUUUUUCCAAAACCAUGGAGAUGGUACAUCAACUUACAAUAGGUUGAAUGACAGGUCUGCCAUAGCCUGACAGCAUAAUCUUUCCAUUUUAAUGUAUAUGAUAAUGAAAGCAAUGAAUCAGCUUGGUUAUGCACCAAAUCAAAGUCACUGUUGAGUAUCUAAUAUAUUCAAGAGAUAUUUUGUUGUCGUGCAUGACAUAUUCUGAUAAUAUAACUCAUUUAAACACUUAUGACUGUGUGUCAUGAAAAAAAAAGAAAAAAAGAAACAUGUUUAACUAAUGUUUAUUCACA